CUGAUGACUAUGACUCCAACACCACCAUCGACUACACCAUGUUCGAGACCCUGUGCGAGAAGGAGGAAGUCCGUAACUUCCGCGCUGCCUUCCUCCCAGCCAUGUACUCCCUCAUCUGCUUCACGGGGCUGCUGGGGAACGGGCUGGUGAUGCUCACCUACAUCUACUUCAAGAGGCUCAAGACCAUGACGGACAUCUAUUUGCUGAACCUGGCUCUGGCAGACAUCCUCUUCCUGCUGACCCUCCCCUUUUGGGCCACAAGUGCAGCCAUGCACUGGCUCUUUGGGGAGUUUGCCUGCAAAGCCGUCUAUUGCAUCUGCAAAAUGAGUUUCUUCAGCGGCAUGCUGCUCCUCCUGUCCAUCAGCAUCGACAGGUACUUUGCCAUCGUUCAGGCUGCCUCGGCCCACCGCUUCCGUCCCCGGAUGAUAUUCAUUAGCAAGGUCACAUGCAUCAUCAUUUGGCUCCUGGCCUUCAUCCUCUCAAUCCCUGAGCUGGUUCACAGCGGUGUAAAUAACUUUGACAACCAUCCCCGUUGUUCCAUCAUCGCUAAUGACUUGCAGACCUUCAACACUGGCAUCAAAGUGUCCCAAAUGGUUUUUGGCUUCUUAUUUCCCCUACUGGUCAUGUCUGUCUGCUACCUCAUCAUCAUCAAAACAUUACUCCAGGCCCGCAACUUUGAGAAGAAUAAAGCCAUCAAGGUGAUCAUCGCCGUGGUCAUUGUCUUCGUUGUCUUCCAGCUGCCCUACAACAGCGUCAUGCUGGCCAAGACCAUCUCAGCCUUCAACCACACCAGCUCAUGUGAGGAGAGCAAGAAGCUUGACAUGGCAGAUGACGUGACCUACACUCUGGCCUGCUUCCGAUGCUGCCUCAAUCCUUUCCUCUACGCCUUCAUCGGCGUCAAAUUCCGCAACGACCUCUUCAAGCUUCUGAAGGAGCUGGGCUGCCUGAGCCAGGAGCGCCUCUGGCAGCUGUCCACAUGCCGUGAGAGCAAGAGGUUCUCCUUUGCCAUGGAGACAGAGACGACCACCACCUUCUCCCCAUGA